AUGUCGAGGGACGGCAACAACAUGAUUUUGCCAAGGGGGGGGGGCAAUGGCAAGGCUCACGGCGCGCUAUUCGCACGGUCAUGUGUGCUAGUUAGAGACUUCGCGGCGGACGGAGAGAAGGAGAGAAAGUUUGGCGCAAUGGCAAUUCAGAACACGAGUUUGAGCAGCCAUUGCGGACCGAGUGCAGGUUGGCGAUUGAAGCCGGUGUCAAGACGGACGAUUACAGGUGACCGUGCAGAGCAAUGGUGUCGAGAUAGUUCGGCGUCUAGAGCAGGCGUAGAUCGAGGGGGCAGUCAGCCAGCCAGCGAGACCGACAGAGGGAGAUGGAGUGCAGCUUGGACCCCAGGCUUUUUUAGAAGAGGACCGUGUCCGAGGGUUGGGAUGGCUACAGGACGUGGCUCUGUUGGCCCUGCCUUUCUCGGAGGCACACAGCAAGGGCAGACGGCUCCGACAUGGGCCCAGGGCAAGCACGGCCCACCGGCUGUCUACACCGCACUUACUUAG